AAUCUCUGACAGCCUCUCCCUCCAUCCGCAACUGAUGCGGCCGCUGGCGGACAGCAGAACCGGCACCGGAGCGGGGUCCAAAGGUCCCAAGACCCAAACACACAGUAUCGUGUUUGGAGAACGAGCUGCGUUCGUGUCGGCCGGAGACACGCGGCGUGGGGACGUUGACAGGCGGACGGCGCGGCAGAUACACAGUGAGGCGCAGGAAGCGGCGCUCUAGUAUCUAUGGCGGAUCUGUGAGGAGAAAAAACAAGGUUCAAGUCUGAUGGACUUCUAGAGGAAGCGAAAGGGGAACUGUGGCAGCUCCAGGGAGCGGUUUGAGGAAAAGACUCCGAAAAUCAUCCACAAAUGCAAUGCAUUAGAUGAUGCUAUUACCCAGAAAUCUUUGGGGUUCUGCAGGUUCUGCUCGCCCAAGCCAUAAAUAGCGAAACUGCUGUUUCCUGAUUGUCAUUAAGCUCCUGACAUCAUACCUUCAUUCAUUUGGGGAUCAAAGGUCAUUGUCAGAUUGAAGGUUCUGGUUGGGUUGGAGAUUCAGAACUUGCAAGGAUCCGGGAUGCUGGACGUGCUAAAGAUGAAGGAGUCCUGCAGGAUCUGUGCCAGAGAGCUCUGUGGCAACCAGCGCCGCUGGAUCUUCCACCCGGGCGCUAAGCUCAACCUGCAGGUCCUGCUCUCCCACGCCCUGGGCCGGGAGUUGACCCGGGACGGGCGAGGCGAGUUCGCCUGCUCCAAGUGCGCCUUCAUGCUGGACCGCAUGUACCGCUUUGACACGGUGAUCGCCCGGGUGGAGGCGCUGUCCCUGGAGCGCCUGCAGAAGCUGCUGCUGGAGAAAGAGCGGCUGCGGCAGUGCAUCGGGGGGUUGUACAGGAAGAACAACGCAGAGGACGGGGGCACGGGCCCCCCUGGAUCGGGAGCUGGAGCCGGGCCUGACGCCGGCGGUGAGCACUGCCCUGUCGUGGACCUGUCUGCUCUGCACGAGGGCAGAUACUCAGACAUGGUCCAGGAGGACCUGGCUUACUCUGUGUACGAGUCUUGGGCCGAGAAGGAGGACCCGGCUCUGGACCACCGCCCCCUCCACCAGUGUCCAGGAGCAGACUCCUGCUCCGGCCUGAAGCCGAGGCGCUGCAGGGGUUGUGCCACGCUACGAGUAGCAGACUCCGACUAUGAGGCUGUGUGUAAGGUUCCGAGGAGGAUUGGACGCAGGAGCACAUCAUGUGGACCUUCGACUCGCUACUCCGCCGCCACAGGAGUGGAGGAGCCACCGAGAACCUCCACCAUGUCAGAAACAACCGGGCUGGAGACGGAUAAGACCACGUGUGACCAGCGGAGCCCAAGCCCCGCCUCUUCUGCUGAGUUCCUGGAUGCUGGCUACACCUCCCUAAAAGAGACCGAGGAGCAACCUCCUGAAGAAGCAACAGCGAGGGGGGACAAACCCCUAAACGAGAGCAUCAUCUCCGGGGUGGAGGUGAUGCUGGGCCUCCUGCGAGGCUGGGAGUACCGGCCCGUGAAGCCCCUCCGGAGCAGCAAACUGCCAGUUUUAGUCAAAGCCAGCCUGUCUCCGCACUUGACCAUCUCAACGCACUGUGAACUCUGCCCCCACCUGACCGUCCCAGAGGUCGUGACCCCUCAGGACCUGCAGGCCGAGCUGGCAGAGAUGGAGGAGCAGUGGGAGGACGAUUACAUUCGGUGCUGCCCCUUUCGCUUCCAGCAGCGUGUGGUUGGUGAGCAGCAGGAUCAGCUGGGUCAGUAUGAGAGCGCCACGGGUCAGUGUGUCGCAGAGCUGCAGAAGGCCCAGAACCAGGUCUGCUCUCUGCACGCAAAAAUCCGGGAGAGCGAGAGCAGAAACCAGAAGAUGCAGGAGCGUCUCGCUGAGAUGGAGCUGGAGCUCCGCUCGGCCCGGGAGGAGGCCCAGCAGCAGGAGCGAAACACCCAGAACCUCAACGAUGUGCUCAACUCUAAGGAGGCAGAGGCUGCAGAGCUGUGCCAAGUCAUUGAUGAGCAGAACCGGAUGCUGUGCUCCCUCAGAGAGCUGGCGGGCCGCAGCCAGCUUCAGCAGCUGCAGGUGUCCGGCGCAGAGACGGGACGGGGUCAGGCCGAGGUCCUGGCCCUGCAGGCAUCCCUCUUCCAGGCUCAGCUGGAGCUGCAGGCCGGCCAGCGCUCGCAGCGGCAGGCGGCUAGAGCUCAGGAGGAUCAGAGCCGGGCCCUCCAGAGGCUGGAGAAAGACCUGCAGGGGUCGUUGUUGCACGGUAGGGAAACCGAGAGACACAACCAGGAGCUGCAGCUGGCUCUGCAGAGAGUGCAGUCGGCUCUGCAGGAGAAAGAAGAGCAGCUGAGGAAGCGUGACCACGACAGAAGCCAGGCAGAUAUGGAGAACGAGAGGACCAUCAGGGAGUUGAGGACAUCUCUGCAGACUAAAGAGCAGCUGCUGGAGGAGUACAGUGAGAUGCUGGAGGACCCGAAGGAGCAGAGGGAUUCACUGCUUCAGAAGCUUCGCCAGCGUAUUAAAGAGAGAGACCAGGCUUUGGAGAAAGCUGUAGAUGACAGGUUUCGCUGCGUGGAGGAGAAGGAGGAGGCGACCCGCCACCUGCAGCUGCUGAUCCGAGAGAAAGACAGAGAUCUGGAGAGGCAGCGCUGCGUCCUGACCAACAACGAGGAGACCAUUGUUAGCUUGGAGAUGCUGGUGCGGGGGAAGGCCCUGCAGCUGGAGCAGGUGAGCGACGCCUGGAGGAGCGCCCAGCAGCAGAGACGGGACCUGGAGGACAGACAAGGCUGCGCUCUGAAAGAGAGGGACGGUGUCAUCGAGCAGCUGCAGACGGCGCUGCAGGCGCUCACGCAGGAGGCGCAGGGUCUUCGCUCCUCCCUGCUGGCUCAGAUCCACUCCAUUCCAGGAGACAUCAUGGAGGAGCUGAAGCUCCGCCUCCAGCUGAAAGACCGCCUCCUCAAAGAAGUGCUCGCUGACCGCACCCAUCAGGCCCAGCAGCACGAAGAACAAGUCCAGGAUCUGCUUAGAACCAUUAACUCCAAGGAUCAGUACAUUCAGGAGUCGGCGGCUCAGCUGAGUCAAGUCAUUGCUGAGCAGACAACCAGGCUCCAGGAGCUCCGCAGACAGCUCGGCUCCGGUUUCGGACCGAAUCCCGACUCUGAGGCAGAUCUGGGUGUGGAACUCCAGGCGCUGAAGGAGGAGCUGAGUCUGGCUCUGAGAAGGGAGAAGGAGAGCGAGGAGCUGAGCAGGAGUCGGGUUGCCCGGAUCGAGUCCCUCUGCAGGACUCUGCAUGUCAAGGAGGAGAUCAUUGGGGACUUUCAGAGGCAGCUGGCAGAUCCAUCCCACCUUCCUCUGGUGGAGCAGCUCACCCAGGAGGUCCAGGAGCUCAGGGAGGCUCUGGUCCAGCUUGACUCUCUGUCAGCCAGAGGCUCAGUUCGGGUCAGCGGCGGGCCGGCCGAGUUCGGAGAACUGAGCUCUGAGGGAGAUGAGGAGGCAGAUGAAGGUCUGAACAGCGAGUACACAGAGAGUGUUGAUGAAGAGGAAGCCAACAUGGAGAGGUGUGGAAGAAAGGCCUCUUCCUCUGAGCUGCAGCGAGGCGGAGAGGGUCUGUCUGUGGUCAAACUGCUGGUGGAGCAGAAGUUGCAGGUGGAGCGGGAGCUGGGGGAGUUAAGGAUGCAGCUGGAGAAGACGGGAUUCUCAUCUUUGUCUCAGAUCAGGAAGGCUUUAAUCAACCUUCAAGCAGAGAAUGAAGAUUUGAAGCAUCAAAUGCAGCGCGACAGGAGACAGAACGAUGAGCACAGGAUGCUCGAGAGUGAAGAAGAGGAGGAAGAGUUGGAUGUGACGAUAGAGGAGGACGACGAAGAGCAGGCCGUAUCUGAACUGUGGGACGCCUGGGAUGGAGAGCUGACCAUGUUACAAGCCAAGAUUCAGAACAGCGAUGAGCUGAAAAAGAGAAGAGCAAACAUGUUAGAAUCACAGAGCCUUCCCAGAUGCUCUCAGGCGGAGCAGCCAGCAGCGAUGUGUGAGAAGACUGUUCAUCUGCAGCAGAGAAGCAAAGCGCUGCAGGAGAGACUGAUGGUGUCAGAGGCCACGGUGCAGGCUCAGGCUGAGCAGCUCAAAGACUACAGAGAGCUGCUGACAGAAGCAGCUGUGCAGCAGGACAGUAAGCAGGUCCAGGUGGACCAGCAGGACCUGGGCUAUGAGACCUGCGGCCGCAGUGAGAACGAAGCGGAGAGGGAAGACGCCAGCAGCCCAGAGUUUGAUGACCUGGAGAUGUGCACUUCUCUGGACUGUCGCUCUCAGUGGUGGGCCUCCACUGGCAGCCACAGCUCCACCAAAGCCCCCUCCCAGAGUCAUGGAGAUGAGGUGUCGUCCCUCCAGCACCUGGUGGAAGACCUUCGCAUGCAGCUGUCCCGCUCUCAGGCGGUGAUCCACGGGCUGCAGGGCCGCCUCCGCACCCUCUCCACCUCCAGCAACCUCUCCACGCCACGGAAGGUCAACUGGUCCUUCCAGCCCUCUGCUUCACAGAGCGGGGCAGAGGAGGAUGAAGGCUGGGGGUCAUCUGAUGGAGGGGUGCAGGCUUCUCCCUGUCAUCCUCGCCAAGAAAAGGGCCUUCAGGAGCUGAUGUCCCGUGUGGGCGCACUGGAAGAUCAGCUGAGGAAAGAUGGAAGGCAGUCUGACGAGAAAAGGUCUCUCACUUGGCCAGGGGAAUUCGACACUCUGAUCCAGGCUCAGGCCCGAGAACUGUCCCACCUCCGCCAGCGGCUGCGGGACGGGCGGAGCGUCUGCAGCAUCCUCACCCAGCACCUGGGGGACACCACCAAAUCCUUUGAGGAGCUGCUGAGGGCCAACGACGUUGACUUCUACAUGGGCCAGAGCUUCAGGGAGCAGCUGGCUCAGAGCAGCGCUCUGGCUCAAAGAGUCGCCACAAAGAUCAGCGGACGAGAUCUCUCUGAGGAUCCAGAGAAGACGGAGCUGCUCGCCAUCCGGCUCAGUAAGGAGCUGCAGCAGAAAGACAAGGUCAUCGAGUCUCUCCGCGCCAAACUCACCCAGCAUCAUCGCUCUGACACGCCCUGCAGCAGCCACGCCCUCUCUGACAUCACAGACCAGUCAGAUGGCAUCUCCUACGUGUCGGAUGAGCAUGGAUCCACCAACGAGGAGCUGGAUUUGGGUUCUGACGGAGCCAGCGAGCCCCUUCAGGAGGAGACUCAGCCAUCCUCCAGAAUCUGCACAGAUUGUCACUCUCAUGAUGGCAUCAUGUCACGCCAUCCGUCUGUCCCUUCAUCCAUCAUCUCCUCCCACCGCACACAGUCCUGCCUCAGUUGUCCCAGCAUGCACUGCUUCAGCUCACCUCACAAACCAACAGAAGUGUUGAGUCAGACAGCUCCAGCGUCAGCCUUCCCCUCUGCUCCCUUUCCCCCUCCCCUCCUGUCCUCCUCCUUCCCUUCAAACCCCCGAGCGCGCUGCCACAGCAGCGGCGGGGGUGGUUUCUCUCUGGCGGAGGUGCACCGGGAGCUGCAGAUGCUGCAGCGGCAGCUGGCAGACAGUAAAAGGUUUUCUACUCCUCAGCCCAAACCUCUUCAGGGUUUCCCGUUCACCCACCAGCAGUCAGCAGACUUCCUGCCUCUGCCUUACCAGGGGCUCCAGCCCUCUCCCUUCAGCAGUGCUGCGAGCAGCAGCAGCCUGGAUGCCAGCCUGGCAAUGAAGGCUGGGGCCAGCCUGCUGGAGAGCAGUGCAUUGUGGGGCAUGGCCCACGGCACCCAAACGGCAAGAGUUGCCGCAGAUCUGUCGUCAGGAUCAUCAGGAUACCAGUCAGGCGCCAGCCAUGGAGACAUGAUGAAGGAACACCUGAGAGAGAUCAGGAGUUUGAGGCAGAGACUGGAGGACUCCAUCCAGACCAACGACCGACUAAGGCAGCAGCUGGAGGAGCGGCUGUGCCGUACCGCUGCAGAGAAAGGUGCUCCCACCAACAUCUACAUCCAGGGUCUGGACUCGUUCAGCCAGAUUUCCUGUCAGGUUGGACUCCUGAAGGAGGAAAACAUCAGUCUGCAGAAUCAGCUAAAGCAGGCCACCAUAGAAGGCAGUAAGGAGGUGGAGCAGCUGAGGGAUGCAAUGCUGCAGCAGCAGUCCAGGCUAAAGGAGGCGGAGCUAAAUGCAGAAACGUGGGCGGAGCAAAGCAGGAAGUUGGAAGCAGAGGCUGAAGCCCACGUUCAGGAGAUUCUCCAACUAAAACAGGAGAAGCAGAAAAAGCAGGAAACCAUCAACAGGCUGCAGCACGAGCUGAGCGUCCUUCAGCAGCAGCUGAGUGAGAGCAGCAGAUUGCUGCUUUCUCUCCAAACUGAGGCACAGACUAACAGAAGACCGAACCCCCUUCCUGCAAACACACACUCUGGCGAGGCCAGAGACGGCUGCCAGCCAGGAUGCACCAUGUUGGACCCCAGAGAGCUGCACCUCCAGCUGGAGAAGCUGAGCGGGCCGACAGACGGGCAGCGUGGAGCCAGGAGGUGUCUCUUUGAGGAUAAUGUGGUCUCCCCUCCCGUGAGAGACACCGGGCUUUGCAGUCCCUCCUCCCCUCUACGGCUUUACCGCAAAGAAAACCAGGAUAGGACAGCCCAUCUGGCUGUGACAUCUGAUGGACUCUGCGAUGUCGGCCGUGCAGCAGACUUCAAAGCUCUGCAGCAGCUGCUUCUUGACAGUAAUGCGCUCCUCCUUCAGAUGGAGGCGGCCAUCUGUUCCCUGAACGCCUCACACGAGGUCCACCUUUACAAGCCUUCAGUCUCAGGAAUGGUGAGACGGCUGCUGUCGGACACUCAAACUCUGAAGGAGUUUUUGCAGGAUGCUGACGCUCUGGCCCGGAUGUUCUGGACCGCUGACGUAGAGGAGAGCGCGCAGACCCAGUCCUUGAAGGAAGAGGUGUCGUCGCUCCGCCUGCAGCUCUCAGAGCGAGAGCAGGCUCUAAAGGACGCAACGGAGAGACUGAGGAGCUCCGACCUCACCAAAGACAGCAUGGAGCGCUUUAUAGUCAGCCAGCUGUCCAGAACUCGAGAUGUCCUGCAGCAAGCAAAGACCAACUUACAGAAGAACCAACUCAGGAUCUCUUCCCUUCAACAUCUUUCUGUUCCCUCCAUUCCCUCCUCCACUGUCACUUCCCUUUCCUCCUCCCCGUCUUCCUCUUCCUCCUCUUCACUCCCUUGGCCUGUCAAAGGUAAAAAGGCAGGAAGCUACCAUGAACUCGGCUUCUCUCCUGGUUGGAGUGUCAUGACGACCCAAUCUUCCUCUCCACGUCCCGCUGCCCACAGACCACCUCACUUCCACGCCCCCCUGCGCACAGUUCUCCUGUAGGGACGCUUUUCUCCCGUGGGCUCAAACGGAACAAAAGGGGAGCAGAUGCUCAACGGUCUGUGGACGAGGACGAUUCUCACAGUCGAAAUAAGCAACAACUGGACUGCUCCUGUUUGGCCAAGAGCAGCGUGCUUUUGCCUAGAGACGAGUAAAGCAGUCGUUUUUGAACUUCACUGAAGGUUUGAGUGGUUCAAGUCCUUUCCAGGCAAUCGGCCGGAAGCCACAUCAGCUCCUCACUAACCAACCAACCCAAAAAGUGCUUCCCAGCAGCCUCUGCUGAGGCGGAAUGUGUUUGCGUAUGUCUGUGGAAUCGAAGCCAUGCCCCGACCGCUGCGUCCCGUAGAAAAAAACAAAAGCCGGACGCCAACGUUAAAGGUGAUGAAGUACUCUGCAUUCAAAGCCUUUUUCUUUUUUUACUUCCACAUCUUAUCUACACGAUGACAAAAAAUAAGGACAUGUGCUUGUACAAGAACCUCAGCAACUAUGCUAAAAAAUUCAGGCAAGUUUGAUCAAAUUCUAGAGAAAAAAAAGUGUUUUUGGGUCAAAUAUGUUUCCCUGAUCAGGAAUUCUGUAGUAUAGCUCCUUUAUUUUGUGCAUGAACUGACCUCCUAUUACUUUCACUGAAAUAUGCAAUUUUAUGGGGUUACCGUGCAAUAAUACAUGUGUUGUUUGUGUGUAUUUGAAUGGCCUGGGUUUUAAAGUAACAGGUAAACUAGAGGCUAAAGGAACAAUCGCAGCUGGAUAAAAACCUCCAGCUUUUGACAAUCAAUUGUGUGGAUUUGUUCUGUAUUUAUUGCUUUAUUUGAAAAUGUUUCCCAGAGCAGAAAUACAGAUUUGCACUGAAAAAGUGUCAAUUUUGUAGCAAUAACAGGAACCAAAGUCCACUGUGUGUUAUGUAAUCUGGUGUGAAGUGUCCACUGAGUUGGUUAGAUUCCCCUCUUAGGCUUUAACGUUGUUUCUCAGAGUCUCAGCUCUUUAUUAUGCAGGAAUCUCUGUGCAGGUUUUUAGAUGCUGCAGGAGUUGAGGAACAUUUUGGUCCAGUUGAAUUUUGAUGCAUGUCGUCUUUGUUCAAAUGGAUUUGAGGUCAAAGCAAACAAACCUUUGCAAUAAAAGGAAAAAAGACAAAAACA